AGGGAAAUUAUCUGCAGCCACCAGGUGGGAGGGUUCCACAUAUGCUCUCUUGAACUGGGAAGGGCUUGGAAGAUUUCCCCCUUUUGGCUUGCAACUCCAUCGCCCAGGUUGAAACUCCGAGCCCCCCAUCUCUUCCUUGAGCCCCUGUGGCCCUUGGGAAGCUGCCAUUCGUCGGAAAGACCUCUGGAGGGCAGGAAACCUCCAGGAUUUGACUGCCUUGUGGCUCCGCUGCGUUGCUAUGGCAAAUUGCCUUGCCACACAAACUCCCAGCAUCUCAGCAGAGCUUAGAUGACCUCACCAGGGCCCCGCGGUCCCACUGGGACAGACCCACUCAAUGCCCUGGAUCGGAGCCCCCUGAGCUUACAAUGGCAGGUCCAAGACGAGAUGCCCUUCGUGAAAUACCCCCGAAGAGUUGAACCCCUUUGGUACGAAUGGGAUCGGAAGGCGCAGAAGUGCGGGUUGAGGCACACGGUUUACGCCGUCAACGGAGACCGCUACGUUGGGGAAUGGCUGGACAACGUCAAACACGGCAAAGGAACACAAAUAUGGAAAAAAUCCGGAGCCAUCUACAGCGGGGACUGGAAAUUUGGAAAACGGGACGGCUUCGGAACUUACAGUCUUCCAGACCCCGUGACAAAAGAUUAUAAGAAAGUAUAUUCCGGCUGGUGGAAAAACGACAAAAUGUGGGGCUACGGAGUUAAGUUCUACUCCGAGGGAGAGUACUACGAGGGCGAAUGGGCCUGGGGGAAGAGACACGGCUGGGGGAGGAUGUACUACAAAGACGGCGCCAUCUACGAAGGCCAGUGGUCCGAAGACAAGCCCGGCGGUCAAGGGAUGUUCCGAUGUAAAGAUGAAAACCGCUACGAGGGUUCAUGGAAGGACGGAAAGAAACACGGUCCGGGAAAGUAUAUCUAUCUAGAUACCGGGCAGCUCUACGAAGGCUAUUGGGUGGCAGACAUCCCAAAGUGUGGCACCAUGAUCGAUUUCGGCCGGGACGAAGCGCCGAUGCCCACUCAAUAUCCCAUCCCCAAGGUCGAACUGGCGGAUGCAGACGGAGUCUUAGAAGAAGCUGUUCUGAUCUUACAGAAUGCCGAAAUAUUAACGUCGCAGCCCCAGAAAGAACGGGGAUGACUUUAAUCCUGCGGACAUUUCUCCAGUCAAAGUUGCUUUUUAACGGAAAGGUCUCUUUGAUGGAUGCCAUUCCUUGGAAUAUAUUAUCCUAGCUCUCUUUUGGCGUUUUCCUUGGUUCCCCCCACCCCACCCCACCCCUGUAGGCGGGGUAGU